AUGACCGAGUUCGUUCCAACUUGGACGCAACCAAGUCACCCAGAUUCUAUCCUGGUCGUCAAGGGAGCGCCAUACAAAUCCAGGGCCCACUCCCUCGUGGCAUUGCCAGCUGGUGCUCUAUUUGCAAAAAUCACAAGCGCAAUUCCUGUUGCUUGCAAGACGUACACUUCAGUUCAGACUGGAAAGAGGUCGAACAUCGAGCUGAAUUCAGAUCUGGUUUAUUGCAAUCACUCUUGCUCCCCAACUCUUGAAUUCGACAUGGCAAAGUGUGAGGUCCGUGUAGCAGCAAAGAGACCGUUGUUUGUGGGUGACGAGUUAACCUUCUUCUAUCCCAGCACGGAAUGGUUUAUGGUGCAACCGUUCCGGUGCGAGUGUGGGUCGGAGAACUGUCUUGGUGUAAUUUCAGGGAGCAGGAACAUUGACGCCGUGGUGCUUAGAAAGUAUUGGCUAAAUGUGCAUGUCAAAGAGCUACUGGUAGAAGAAGAGCGGGAAGCAUCGGGAGAAGGUUCUAGGGUUGAGAUUGAGGUUUAG